UUUUCACCCCAACCCUGAAUUGGGCAUCACUUAAAUUCACUUAAUAUCAGCUUACCUGAUUCAGUUGGGAAUCAGUUGCUGUUCAGAGUGUUAAGAGUUCAGAUCAAUCGUUAAUUGUUAACCCAAACAAUCAAGGAGAAGAAAAAGUUUUUUCAUUUGUUGACCCAUCGGUUGUCAUCCUCAUCAUUAUCCGUCUUGACAUCACAUCCAUUGAUUAUUAUCCGUUUGUUGUUAUAUUUUUUUUUUAAUAAUUUUGUUGCCUUCGUUUUGGUGUUAUCAACGUUAAUCCAUCAUAAGCUUUAAUCGCUUAGACAAAUUUUUUGGAUCGUUAAUUCCUGAGCAUCGUACAAUCAAAAUCUUCAGUUAAUCAACCACCUAAAUCAUCAACACCACCAAUAAAUCAAUCAAAAUGAUGGUUAAUAAUGUUGCCGUUUUUGCUACACUUUUCUUUGUCUUAAUCUCAGUGCCAACCAGUUACUCCCAGCCCCCAAACCAAGGCUCAGGAAUAGCAGUUUUCAGUUCAGCUUCCGAUAAUCAGCCAGAUACUCAACCCUCAUGGCAACUUAUCUUCCGGAAUAUUGGAUUGGGCAGUAUGACUGAUCCAGUUUUCAACAUUCUUAAACGACGAUGGGAUUCAAUUCGAACCAAUCCAUUCAUUCAAGCUUUCUUGUUACAAAAUUCACCCGCUGCCGCUGCCCCCGCACCGUCGACCGGCAACGUAAUGAGAUACGCUCGAAGUGUCAACCGUCGUACCAGAAGGGAAUAUCAACCAACCUUCAUUGAGAAACUUCAAUAAACUCAUUUUGUUAUUUUCUGUCAUUUUUUUUACUACAAACAAAACAAUUAAUAUCUGACCAGAGAACUUUUUUUCUCUUAAA